CCAUUCGCUUCCUUCUAGUCCCUUCGCUCGGUUCCAUGGAGGCUCCGCCGCGCCCUACUUCGCCUUCCUCUUCACUCCGCUACUGCUACUGCCGUUGUUUCCGCCGUUGCUGCCGCUGCUUCUGCUGCUUCUACGCUCCCACCGGGGACUGGUGAUCCCGAUCCGCCCCAGCCAAAGGUCAGACCCUUUUUCAUUUCUUGAAGCUUUCGAUGGACCUAGUUCGUUCUCUGAUUCGCAUGAUGGAUUAGCUUUUCGGGCGUCGGGAUCCCUUCCUCCCUGUAAAAAUUUGUAAGAUCUGUAACUCACAGUUCGUAUGCCGAUCUUUUCCCCUGAUUUUCCGUGUGAAGGAGUUCUAUUCUUUUCAUGCAAAACCCCUGAUUUCCCCUGAUCUGUAACUCACAGUUCGAUUCCGUCGCUUAUUUUUUGAUAAGGUUGCGUUUGGUAGCUUGAUCGGGUGGAAUAAAGUGGAUUGGGAAACGAUUCUCCACAACAUUAUCUUAAUCUAAACAUUUAGAUGGAGAAUUGGAAAUAUUUUUUCCCCAGAACUCACUGAGUCUGUUUGUAUUAGUUCCAUGCUUAUUUCACCUCUAUCAAAUACUAAUUAGUUUAUUUAAAUAUACUAUCUGACCUCUUCCGGAAGCAUAGUAGAUGUGCACAUAGCCAACGAGAACAUUAGCGUGAGAACCGGGGAAGGGUCUCUGGCACAGACAUUCCGACAUUCAAGUCAGAGCAGUAGUCGAGCGAAAAUGGAGAAGAAGAUAAACAAUAGUAUGGAUGUGUGUGCGCACGUACGCGUAUCUGGUCAACGGAGAGAACCUUUUUUAUAUGGUCUCUUAUAACCUCAGUAAUAAUGAGACGUUAAAAAAUGUCAGAUGUCAGAAUAUGUCGGAUAGUGGAAGAUGUAUGCCAGCCUUCUUUUAGGAGAGGAAUGUUCCGUUGUGUGCAUAUGCCAGUAAUUGAAUAUUCUCUUAUUGCGAUUAUUUAACAAUGUUGUCUCUUAGAUGGAGUCUGAUCGACCUAGAGCCGAUCGAGUUUAAGCUGAGGAUCAUACCCGUCUGCAGAGUAGGGAGCUAAGCCUUGUAAGUCUGAUCGGAUUUGUGGACACACGGGUUUAUGCUGGAAGUCUUGUUCACAUGGAGUGAGAAGUUGAGUCCCGUAGGCUCGACUGACUCUGUUAUGGCCACUCGGGUUUAGGCUCAGAGACCUACUCAUAAGGAGUGAGGAACUGAGUCUCGUAGAUUCGGUCGGCUUUGUGACUGGUCGGGUUUAUACUAGAAGCCCUGUACAUGAGGAGUGAGGAGCUGGGUCCCGUAGGUCCGGUCGACUAUGUGGUCACGUGGGUUUAUGUUGAGGCCCUGUUUAUGAAGAGUGAGAAGUCAAGUCCCGUAGGUCUGGCCUACGCUAUGACCGUCCGGAUUUAUACUGGGAGCCAUAUUCAUAAGAAGUGAGGAGCUAGGUCUUGUAGAUCCAGCCAGUUUUGUGGCCUGUCGAAUUUAUAUUGGCAGUUAUGCCUAUGAGGGGUAGGGAGAUAAGUCCUGUAGAUUCGGUCAGCUCUAGGGCCGCCUGAAUUUAUACUAAGAGCCUUGUCCGUGAGAAGUAGGAACUUGAGUCCCGUUGAAAGUGAUCCAUUUAGAUACAUACAUCUUGAUUGUUACCAUCAUCUUGGCUAUCAAUCCCACUCUAUGUUUAGGGUCACACACAACACUACUUAUACUUAUCAUUAUCUAAACUCUUGAUUGCUCAAAAUUCUACGCGUAUUGUGUACGGAGACACACGCAUGGAGUCAGGCAGCAUAUCGGGGCUCUACCAGCAAUAUCACACAAUCUCAUAAGUGGUAGAAAAUUCUAUAAUAGAAGUCAACAAAAAACCUUGAUGGAGGUGUCCACAGUCAAACUUCAUCGACAAUGAUAUGCUCCAUCAGCAUCGACCCUAAUUAAUGAUAAUACACUUUCUUCUCCAAACUAAUUCACAAAACAACGAUAAUGCCUAAUCCACUAUAAACAAUCAUUAAAUACAUAUCUUCCACAACCAUUACAAUAUGAUUAACUAAUAUUCAGGCACAAUAUUAAAUAUCUAUGGAAUUCAAUCAAAAUUUUGUAUGUAAUCAUGCCUAAUGAUUGAGUAUUUGUAAAUAUGAAAAAUAGCCAUAUAUUUAUUCAACACGAAUAAACAUUCAUUGUGGUUUUAAAAUAGAUAUUUUUCCAAGUAGAAUUCAAAAUAUGAGUACCUUAUCUGUCUUUAACCCAACUUACAAUACAAACAAAUUGAAAAUCAGGACUCCAAAAUCUAUCCACAAUUUUUAGUCAAAAUGCUACUCAAAGAUCAACCUUGUCCCCCUUUUUCUCAUUGAAAAUUCCCAUUGAAAAUGGCAAUUUAUUUAUUUGCUAUCCACAUAAUUAAUAAAUAUUUAUUUAUUUGCAAAAUAAGAAUGAGUGCAUGGUUUCAUUGGUCUAUAUAUUUAUGUACUCUUCUCCCCAUCCUUGAGCCACUCGUUUUCUUCUUUAUCUUUCUCCAUUCAUAAAAUGGCAAUAUCAUCAAAUCUCCCAAAGCUAUGUUUAAAUUUAUUUGCUAUAUUUUUCUUUAUUUCCUUACAAAAAGUUGGUUGCUCCCAUCUAGGGCAUGAAACACUCGUGAAUCUUUCUCCUUCCUCGAUCGACAGUACUCUCUUACCUCGCUACCACUUUCGUCCCUUGAGAAAUUGGAUCAAUGAUCCAAAUGGGCCAUUCUAUUACAAGGGUAUCUACCACCUUUUCUACCAGUACAACCCCUAUGGUUCCGUGUGGGGUAACAUCGUGUGGGGCCACUCGGUGUCAACAGACCUAAUCAACUGGCACGCGGUCGACCCAGCGAUCUACCCGUCGAAGACCUUCGACAUCUACGGAUGCUGGUCCGGCUCCGCCACCGUCCUCCCCGGCAGCAAGCCGGUGAUCCUUUACACCGGGAUCGUCGACGACUUCAAAACCCAGGUCCAAAAUAUCGCCUUCCCGGCCAAUUUAUCCGACCCCCUUCUCCGCGAGUGGGUCAAGCCCGACUACAACCCCGUGAUCUCCUCCGAUCCGUCGAUCAACGCCACUCAGUUCCGCGAUCCGACCACAGCGUGGCUCCACCCGGACAACAAGCACUGGAACGUCGCGAUCGGGAGUGCGAGGAAAGAGGGGCAGAGAGGGGUGGCGAUCUUGUACCGGAGUAGGAAUUUCAAGAACUGGACGAAGGCGAAGCAUCCGCUGCACUCGAUCAAGGGGACGGGCAUGUGGGAGUGCCCGGACUUCUUCCCGGUGGCGGUCAGCGGGAGGGAAGGAAGGGACACAUCGGCGACCGGCCGCGGAGUGAAGCACGUGCUGAAGGUGAGCCUCGACCGGAUGAGGUUCGAGCACUACACUCUGGGAACUUACUACCCUGCUCUGGAUCGGUACCUGCCAGACCAGGCGUCGGUGGACGGCAGCGAAGGGCUGAGGUACGAUUACGGCAACUUCUACGCCUCGAAGACCUUCUUCGAUCCGGCGAAGAAGAGGAGGGUUUUGUGCGGCUGGGCCAACGAGUCGGAUGUAACUCACGACGACGCGAGCAAUGACAUCAUCAAAGGCUGGGCUGGAGUUCAUUUGAUUCCAAGAGAACUUUGGCUGGACGAGAACGGCCGGCAGCUGUUGCAAUGGCCGGUGGAGGAGUUCGAUCGGCUGAGAAGCCAGCACGUUUCUUUGGCGAAUCAGGCCGUGAAUCCCGGUGGCUUCUUCCGAGUAAACAACAUCGACUCGGUUCAGGCGGAUGUGGAGGUUACAUUCGAGAUGAGCAGUUUGGAAAAAGCAGAGGAUUUCGACCCUUCGUACGUCGGAGAUGCCCAAGCUUACUGCGCCAGGCACGCCGCCGAUGUGAAGGGAGGAGUCGGCCCGUUCGGGCUUUACGUUCUCGCCGAUUCCGCUCUCGAAGAAAGAACCGCAGUGUUCUUCAAGGUCUUCAAGCACAAGAGGAAGCACGUUGUUCUCUUCUGCCAUGAUCCCACCAGGUCAACUAAAAGGGUGAAGAACAUAUAUAAGCCGACUUUUGCUGGCUUUGUCGACGUUGACAUCGAUUCGUCUAAGACGAUCUCUCUUAGAAGCUUGAUCGAUCACUCGGUGGUGGAGAGCUUUGGCGCAGGAGGAAAAAUAUGCAUCACGUCCAGAGUUUAUCCGAGCUUGGCGAUCGGAAGAGAUGCCCAUCUGUUCGUGUUCAACAAUGGAGCAGUGGAUGUUAAGGUUUCGGAGCUGAAUGCAUGGGAGAUUAGGACGCCUUUCAUGAAUAAAGAAAUUUGAUAUAAAUAAAUCUUGUAUUAUUAUUAUUAUUAUUAUAGAUAUACUUUUGGAUAUAGCUGUAUUGUUAUUCAAUGAUAAAAAGUUUUUAUUUUUUUUUA